AUGCCUUCGGUACUCACCUGGUACCGGUACCGGAAAAGGACAGAUGCCGUCGGUACCAACAAAGUACCGGUACCGGGCCCCGGUACCGAUGUUCGGUACCGGUACCCGCCGAGUACCGCGGUACCCGAGGGGGGUUCGGUACCGGUACUGGGUUUCGGUACCGGUAAAAAACCAACACUACUGCCCUGGGAACAGCCCGAUGAUUCGGCCGGUGCUUUCCCGUUGCUCCAGAACCAGCUGAUCAACUACCCGGAGCCGAACCACCCUCUUCGCGCCGACGUGGCCGACGAGUUCACCAACCACCAUGGGCGCUUUAUGAAGACGGCCGAGGAAUUCACGAAGAAGCACGCCGAGAAGCGCACCGAU